AUGCCAGCCAACCUUAUUCUGACGAAUCAAGAGGGCGUUGCAAAACGGCGUGCGGCUGAACCCUGAUGCAACACCAACGCGGCUCGUCUUAGGCCCUGCUUGGAUACGCCACGGGGGAAGAACAGAAACGGCAUUGACUCUGUCUGGGUCGGGCGGAGCUGCUUCUCUGUCUUUGUGAUCGUGGGGAAGGAACAUGGAUCGCCGAACCCUAGUCCUCCUCUUUCUUCUCCUCGUCUCCUCCUCCUCCUUGGGUUCAUCCUCUUCCUCCACGCCGGACAUUCGAGUUCUCUCCGCAGAGAGACGGAUUGAUCUGACUUCGUCCAUUGUAAGGGUUUUUCUGACUCUGAAGGUGGAAAAUACCGGGGCAUCUCAAGCUUCAGAUGUUCUCCUUGCUUUCCCACCUACUGAAGCUGAACACCUGGCAAUGGUAAAAGCAUCCACAACUGAAGGAAAACGCAAAAAGAAAAUAUAUGUACCUCUUUCUGUGAAUCCAACUGAGUUACCUGAUACACCAAAUGGCGCUCAUCUGUUCUCUAUAUCUCUGCGUAAUCCAUUAAAGACUGGUGAGGCAGCAGUGUUGGAGGUGCUCUACAUAGUAACACACUGUCUAGAGCCAUUCCCGGUGGAGAUCAGCCAGUCAGAGACUCAGUUUGUUUACUAUCAUGACAGUGCAACACUCCUAUCACCUUAUCAUGUUAUGGAGCAGAUUACAUAUAUCAAAACACCAAAUAACAAGGUGGAAUCUUACACAAGGGUAGAUCCUACUAACCGUGCUGGGACAGAGUUAAGAUAUGGCCUCUAUCAUGAUCUUCCACCAUAUUCAUAUUCUCCGAUAAUUGUACAUUUCGAGAACAACAAUCCAUUUGCAGUUGUUGAAGAACUCGUGCGUGAGGUGGAAAUUUCUCAUUGGGGAAAUCUUCAGGUCAGGGAUCAUUACAAACUCAAGCAUGCUGGUGCACGGCACAAAGGCAUCUUUUCAAGGGUUGAAUAUCAAUCAAGGCCAUCUAUUAGUGGUGUCUCUUCAUUUAAACAUCUCCUUGCAAGGCUUCCCCCUCGAGUUCACUCAGUUUAUUAUCGUGAUGAGAUUGGUAAUAUCUCAUCAUCGCAUUUGCGUAUUGGUUCUCAGAAGUCAGAACUGGAAAUAGAACCCCGAUAUCCAUUAUUUGGAGGUUGGAAGGCCACUUUUGUCAUUGGUUAUGGGCUACCAUUGCAAGAUUUCCUUUUUGAAUCACCUGAUGGCAAGCAUUACCUGAACUUCAGUUUCGGAUGCCCUCUUCUUGAGACUGUGGUUGAUGAGCUAACCAUAAAAGUGGUGCUUCCCGAGGGAUCCAAAAAUCCAUCAUCUGUGGUUCCGUUUCCAGUAAAUCAACAGCUUGAGACAACUUAUGCAUAUCUUGAUGUUGUUGGGAGAACUACAGUGGUUCUCAAAAAGAGAAAUUUAGUACCAGAGCACAAUAUCCCUUUCCAGGUCUACUAUGACUUCAGUCCAAUAUUCAUGCUUGCUGAGCCCUUGAUGUUGGUAUCUGCAGUUUUCCUGUUUUUCAUUGCUUGCAUUGUUUACUUGCACAUUGAUCUAUCAAUUAGAAAAUCAUAAUUCUAAUCUCAGAAGAUAGAAGUGUCAUCUUAUAGCUUUUCAGAGCAGUUGUUCGAUUAGAAAAACAUCAGACUCUCAACCUUUGUAACAUUUUACUGAGGUUUUGAAGAAUUACCUAUCAGUGGCUUGCAAGGCUUUUGUAGGAUAAUUAUGAUAAGUGUAACAAUUUUGGACUGUUUCUCAAAAAAUAUGAGCAGUGUUACUUUGUGAAAACACUGUUCUUAAUCUUUCCUCUCA